AUGACUGCGGAUAAGUCCCAGUUACCUGCUGGUAGCGGCUCUAGCGAACACGAGAAGGAAGGGUCAAUUCUUUCAGUAACAGAGGAAGCGGAGACUUCCAAUAAAACAACAGCAUUUGAACUGGCUGAUACUAUUGAACAAACAUUGAAGGAAUUGAAGCAGAAGUUAGACGAGAAUUAUCAAAAAUUUGACAAGAGCGUAGUCAUUCUAGAGCAAAAGCUCAAAGAACCAGGCCAGUAA